AUUAAAAAUUCAAACAAACAGUAAUAAUAGCAAGGAUGCAAUAAGCUUGAAUUUUAAUAUAAUUAACAAGGAGCGAUUCACGAGGACGCUUGCGUCACCGCUCUACAUUUUGGUAUAUAUAGCCUGUGGGGACGAGCCUCCUCACACACCACCUCUCAACCACCAAACAACCACCAACCAACUACUCCAACAUGAAAGCUUUCAUUGCUCUGUGCGCUCUCGUCGCCUGCGUGGCUGCCGGCGAGGUCCGUGACAAGCGCAGCUUCGUGCACGGCGGCUACAGCAGCUUGGGCAGCUACGGCGGCUACGGUGGCUACAGCAGCCUGGGCGGCCACAGCGGCUACGGUGGCUACAGCAGCCUGGGCGGCUACGGUGGCUACAGCAGCCUGGGCGGCUAUGGCGGCUACAGCGGCAUCCGCGGCUACUCCGCCGGCUACGUCGCCCCCGCUGCCCGCCUCGUCACCGUCAACAAGGUCGUGAACACCCAGCGCGUCGUAAACGUCCCCCAGGUCGUUAGUGUGCCCAAAGUGGUCUCCGUCCCCCAAGUAGUGUCUGUGAACAAGGUCGUCGCAGCUCCCAGCUACUCUGUUGGUGGCUACGGAUCAGGCUACAGCGGCUACAGCUCCGGCUACGGCUACGGUUCCUCCGGCUACGGUCACGGAUCCGGCUACGCCAGCGGCUGGUGGUGAACAGUCUAGUCAAGUGCUCAAUGUGAUUUUUUUUAGUUCUAUUUUGUUAUCUCAUAAUUAUUGUUGACAUUAUAUGUUCUUUAUUUAAAUAUAUAUUUUUAUAAGGA